AUGGACCAGAGCCAUAAUUUGAAGGUUAGUACUCCUCGAGGGUUAUUUAGUAGCAUUAGAUUUAUAAAUUAUAAGCUUAAUGAAUUGUAUGAUUUCGAUGAAUUUAAACCACAAAAUUACUGUCCAGAGAAUAAUGAUAAGAAUCUCAUGGAUGUUGUAAAAGAUAUGUUAACCAGAAGUUACCGCUCCCUAAUUACCAGAGAUAUGUCUUUGAUUCAAGCUUACAAUAAGUUUGACGAUCUAGGCCUCCUUGAGGAAACAGAUGUUAUUCAUUACCAUUAUAGGAAAAGCAAACUCAAUAAUAACAAUAAAAAUACUGGAGAUUUCUAUCCCAAAAACGGAAAACCUAGAAACAAUAUUAAACAUCCGAAAAACCAUAACAGUGAUCUAAAUGCGGACCAAAACAGAAAUAAUAACUUUCAGCCAAAACAAUCAAAUAAUUCUGAUCAAUGUCGUAACAAGAACUAUAGAUACUCUGACAGCAACCAAACUAGAAGACAUGGACAGUACAGUAACAAUAACACAAGACAUAACAAUUAUAAGAAUUCCGGACAAUACAGUCAAGGCAAAAACACCCAUGAAUCGAUGGAAGUUGAUAACAUAGAACAAAAAGAGGUAAAUUUUCCCAUAGAGCCCCUGUAA